AUGAAACUGUCUAAGGACGAAGACAAGCUGAUGUGGAAGGCUGGGACUGGAGUGGGCGACCAGACUUGGAAAAUAUUUACAUUUCAACAAAUGAAUUCUACACUUGAAAUCUGCCACAUUCCUGUGCCUCCUCCUCCUUUAGAAAAUUGAUCUUAAAACAGAGAGAUAAGAAAAACAUAGAAGGUGGAAGAAGAUGCUGGGAUCUGAACGUGGUGUUGUGGAAGAAUGGUUAUCAGAAUUCAAGGCAUUACCUGACACUCAGAUCACCAAUUAUGCAGCAACGUUACACCGGAAAAAAGCACUGGUACCUGCACUCUAUAAAGUUAUUCAAGAUUCAAAUAAUGAGCUCCUGGAACCUGUCUGCCACCAACUCUUUGAGCUCUAUCGUCGCUCUGAAGUUCGGCUUAAGAGGUUCACAUUGCAGUUCUUGCCAGAAUUGAUAUGGGUUUAUUUACGGCUUACAGUUAGCAGAGACAGGCAAAGUAAUGGUUGUAUUGAAGCACUUCUGUUAGGAAUUUACAAUUUGGAAAUUGCUGAUAAAGAUGGAAACAAUAAAGUUCUAUCUUUCACUAUUCCUUCCUUGUCUAAGCCUUCAAUAUACCAUGAGCCCUCAACAAUAGGAUCCAUGGCUUUGACAGAAGGGGCAUUGUGCCAGCAUGAUCUCCUCAGGGUUGUUUAUAGUGAUCUCCAUCCACAGAGGGAAACAUUCACUGCACAAAACCGGUUUGAAGUCCUGAGUUUUCUCAUGCUGUGCUAUAACUCUGCUAUUGUGUAUAUGCCUGCUUCAUCUUACCAGUCUCUUUGUCGGAUGGGCUCCAGGGUGUGUGUUAGUGGGUUUCCAAGGCAACAUGACAAACACUGGAAAGAACUCUGUGGUCGAGUAGUAUUGGAUCCUGAGUUUAUGGUGCAACUUCUCACAGGAGUCUAUUAUGCCAUGUAUAAUGGACAGUGGGACCUUGGUCAGGAAGUCCUUGAUGACAUCAUUUACAGAGCUCAGCUAGAACUCUUCUCGCAGCCACUGUUGGUUGCCAAUGCCAUGAAAAACUCAUUACCAUUUGAUGCUCCUGAUUCUACACAAGAAGGCCAGAAAGUCCUUAAAGUGGAAGUCACUCCCACAGUGCCGAGGGUAUCUCGUACUGCAAUUACAACAGCUUCAAUCCGUCGUCACAGAUGGAGGAGAGAAGAUGGCUUUGACUUCUCAAACGAGGCUGACUCGAGUAUUCCUGGCUCCCCGAUCCAACACGGCUCCACUGACCUAGGGAUCAAACGUGUGCAAGAGGGGGAGGUCCUGGUGCGCAGGAGCCCUGAGCAUGGCUCGCCGGAGCCCAACUCAGCAGCAGCCACAACAGAGGGGGCUGACGGUAUAAAUGGUGGAGAGGAAUCUGUAAACCUGAAUGAUGCAGAUGAAGGAUUUUCUUCAGGGGCUUCCCUCAGCAGUCAGCCAACUGGGACCAAACCUGCAUCCUCCUCUCAGAGGGGAAGCUUAAGGAAAGUAGCAACUGGGCGUUCAGCCAAGGAUAAAGAAACAGCCUCUGCAAGCAGAUCCAAUGAGACCCCUCGAGAUUCAGUAGUUCGCAAGCAGUAUGUACAGCAACCAGCUGAUCUUAGUGUAGAUUCAAUUGAGCUGACACCGAUGAAGAAACACCUGAGUCUGCCUGCUGGCCAGGUUGUGCCAAAAACCAAUAGUUUAACUCUAAUCCGGACAGCCAGUGCUUCCUCAAGUAAAUCUUUUGACUAUGUAAAUGGCAGUCAAGCAAGUACCAGCAUUGGGGUUGGCCCUGAGGGAGCUACUAAUUUAGCUGCUCAUAAUGCUAAUCGUUAUUCAACUAUCAGUCUACAGGAAGACCGACUGGGUCAAGCUGGAGAAAGUAAAGAGCUGCUGAGUCCGGGAGCCCCCUUAACCAAGCAGUCUCGAUCCCCCAGUUUCAAUAUGCAGCUAAUAUCCCAGGUGUAGCUUUGACAUCCUCUCCUCUCUCUGCUUACCUUUUAAACUGGACAUUUCAUUGUGCAAGAAGACACUUCAUCCCACAUUGUGAAACUACUGGUCACUGUAAUCAGAUUGAGUGUAGGUGUCUUCAUACUGUAUUUCGUAUGGAAACAGCAAUAAGGCUUUCUUUCUUUCUCCUUCGUCUCCUUUUCACCUAUUCCUUGUAAAUGUGUUUGUGAAGCAGUAUAAAGUGUAUGCCUUUCCUAUGCCUUCCUUUCUCCUUGGGUGAUGUGCAAUCCAUCGUAGGGUGAUCAGUCCCAUUUCAGCACUGUGAGACUGAGGAUAUAUUAGAGGAAAUGGUGUAUAUGAUCCCUAUGAAAUGAUUCUUUGGUUUUGGUUUUUUUAAAAAAACAAACAAUGCAAAACGGGUUUGUUCUCAUAAUCUGUAGAACUAUGAAGACUACCGGAUCAUAUUUUCUUCUCUUAACCAGGAGUGCCUCAGAGGUUCUGCUAUGACUUUAGACUUCUCUGAGUCUGUGCAGUCGUUUGCUUGAGAAGCAUGGGGGAGGGUGGCAGACUGCUGUACAUUUUCAUUAAAUGAGGGUAGCUCUUUGUUUUCCCCAUCUCUUUUCCUCAUCUCCUUUAUCCUGAGGACCUAAAUGUCAAUGCUGAGUCAUUCAAAUCAAGUUGGUCUCCUCUGUUGAUGAGGGGGUGUUGAUUACGUAGUUGAUAAUGCACUUUCAAUGGCUCUAUAGUCAUAAUUAACAUGUCUUCCCUCUUCCCAAUAAGGACAUAGGGUCAUUUCUGUCCUUCAAGUUUCAACAACUAACAAAUCAGAGCAUCCCAGGGGCAUGUUCUGUUUCCCAGGAAUGAUUGACAUGGUGCUGGGUAGGGGAGGGAUGGUAUUUGUUUAGCUUGUGUGGGAUUGUGUGUGUGCUGGGGAAGAUUUUGCUUGGUUUUUAUGUUGUUUGUUUUCAUAUGUGAGUUGGUGAUGACUGAAAUAGAACAAGUACGUCUUCAGGUAAAGAGAGGGAUUUCUCCAUCCAUUUUCUGUGGUCAGAUAAUUGGAGAAACCCUUUCAGCUGCUUUCUAGAUGUACCUACACUCAGAUACUUUGGAUUACAAAAUGUUAAGUCCUGGUAGGUCAUAUAUGCCAAGGAAACACAUCAGGGACAGAUAAUUGGCGGAAAACACUGAUGCUUCAGUGUUGACACAUUUUUAUAGAACAUUUCUACCAGGGAGUACUGACUUAAUUUCUCCUAUAAGGACCACACUGCCUUUGUGUUUAAUGUAAUGAAUGCAAUUUGUGUACCUUCUAGUCAUGUAUCUGCAGAAGUUUCUCAUUUUUAUAAAAUUUUGAAAUCAUGCCAGUAUGCUAGAUGUUGAAUGUAAUAUAAGUAGCAUUUGGUAACUGUGCUAAGAGGCUAUAAAAAUUCAUUAUUAGUAAAGAGAAAAAAAUAUUUUUGUUCUGAUUUGAUUAGAUAAAUUUUCAUUAUCUAAUUUAUCUAAUCAAUUAUCCAUAAUUUCUUCUGGAUCUUAGACUCUGGCUUGAAAUAUUAGGUUUUUGAAAAUCAGUGUGAGUUGGUAUGUUAACUUAUCCUUCCAUAAAACACAUUAGAUUCUAAAGUGAACAUACAUUACUUUUCGAGUCACAAGUUUAAUUACUUCAAAUAAAAAAUAGUUGAAGAUUAAAAAUAAUCAGAGCUAUUAGUACUUUGUACGUUUAGACAUUUUUACUUUAUUGUGAAAAAUUAUAUACUGAAUUUCUAGAAAGCAAGUAUUCUUCUAAUUAACAAAGUUUUAAGUUUACCAAUUAAAAUUACAAUGGAUUUUGAUUAAUAAAACGAGGGAAAACAAUUUCUUAUUUUUUCCCACACCUAAAAAAAUUCCCCUCCCUUCUUUCUGUUUUAUAAGAGCAUUUCUAAAGGGGGUUUUCUGUUAAAAUCUUUAUAAGAUCAACAAUCUUGUUUGAAUUUGUUGAUCUAUAAUAUUUUCAGCUCGUAUGGAAAUAAAAUUAGAACCUGAAUUAGUAUGUACAACUUUGCCAAAAUCUGCAGUAAACUAAAAGGUGA